UCUUCGUCCACUAAUGGUAAACUCAUUCUCUCGCCCUUUCUAUCUGUCAAACUCUGGAGGAGUCCUCUCCGUACAUACGUCUGUCUCUCGUCUCAUCACAUUGACACUGGAUCCAUACAGUUCCCACUAACAAAGCAGCAUUUCCUUGAUUUCUCUCUGCUCUUUCUGGGUUUGGGGACAAAAUAGAGGAAGAUUUUCUCUACUUCCAUGGCUGAUGCCGCAAAGCACCUCUCCAUCAAUGGAGGGACUUUCCUCUCAGACUUCAAAAGUCUCUUCCCUCUCUCUAAGCCUAACAAAACCACUGUGGCUUUUCUUUAUGGCUUCAUGUUUGCCUUCAUUUGUUUCACUGUCUUUUUGGCUUUCCAUCCUUCUCCUAAUUCCUCCUCUUCUCCUUGGUUCUCCAACAUCUUCAGUACUGAGUUUGGUACUAUUAACACAACGCAAUCUGAUGCGGAUGAAUCUCAUUUUUCUUCUGUUUUCUCUUAUGUCUUCCCCAACAACACUUAUUAUGCUCAAGAACCUAAGAACACCCCUUCCAGUGUGACCGUACCUCCAUCUUCUUCCAGUGCAAAUGCAACACUAUCCACUGUGCAAAACAAUACCCAAAUAACGGAGGAAUCAAAUAAAGCUACUGGUUUGCGGAAUCAGACGGCAGUCCCUCCAAUUGUGAAUACACAGCCACUCAAUGGAAAUACAACUACCCAAACGACGGAGGUUUCUGGUUUGAAUCCAAAUCAAACGGUGGUUGAAGCACCACAAAUUCCGGCUAAUUCGACCACUCAGAGUGUGAAUUCAGGGGUUGGAGAGAAAGGAGUAGCAGAGAAGGGCUUGAAAUCGAAUGAUUCUGCUUCGUUACUGAAGAAGCAGAGCAAUGGGACUGAGUCAGGAGUGUCGGUGGAGCAGGGGAAACAGAAUGUUCUACAAUCUUUGAUGAAUUGCAAUUUCUUUGAUGGUGAAUGGGUCAUGGACGAUUCGUAUCCUCUGUACAAACCUGGGUCCUGUUCGCUGAUCGAUGAGCAGUUCAAUUGUAUCAUUAAUGGUCGGCCAGAUAAGAUUUACCAGAAGUACAAAUGGAAGCCCAAGGGAUGCGCUUUACCAAGGUUUAAUGGGCUUCACAUGCUUGAGCUGUUAAGAGGAAAGCGACUUGUUUUUGUUGGUGAUUCACUAAAUAGGAAUAUGUGGGAAUCUCUGGUCUGCAUACUUAGAAACUCAGUGAAAGAUCAAAGGAAGGUUUUUGAAGCUAGUGGAAGACAUCAUUUUCGAGGGGAAGCUUCGUACUCUUUCAUAUUCAAAGACUAUAACUGCACUGUAGAGUUCUUUGCAUCCCCUUUCUUGGUUCAAGAAUGGGAAAUCAAAGACAAAAAUGGGGCAAAGAAGGAGACUCUUCGGCUUGAUUUGGUAAGCAGGUCUUCUGAUCAAUUUAAAGGCGCCGAUAUCUUCAUCUUCAACACUGGCCAUUGGUGGACUCAUGACAAAACAUCCCGAGGGAAAGAUUAUUAUCAAGAAGGUAACCAUGUGUAUGAAGAAUUGAAUGUUCUUGAGGCAUUUCGGAAAGCAUUGACGACAUGGUCUAGAUGGGCUGAUGCCAAUAUUAAUCCAAUGAAGUCGAUGGUUUUCUUUAGGGGUUACUCAGCUUCCCAUUUCAGUGGUGGUCAGUGGAAUUCCGGGGGUGCUUGUGACCAUGAGACUGAGCCAAUCAAGAAUGAAAAAUAUCUAAACCCUUAUCCAUCCAAGAUGAUGGUAUUGGAGAAGGUGCUUUGGAAUAUGAAGACACCCGUCAUCUACCAAAACAUUACACGUAUGACAGAUUUCCGAAAGGAUGGUCAUCCAUCAAUGUAUCGGAAGCAUAACCUGUCGGAGGUGGAAAGGCGGCACCCAAUGCAUUACCAGGACUGCAGCCAUUGGUGCCUCCCUGGUGUGCCUGAUGCUUGGAAUGAGAUUCUUUAUGCUGAGCUCCUAGUAAGAGUGAACCAGAAGGGACAACGGCGGAGGUAAAGAACGAGGCCACAAUCAUAUUUAAUCCGUAGGUACAAUCAACCAGUACAGUUUUUUUUGCUUCAUUUUUUGAGAGUACAUGAAUGAACAAAUAUGAAGAAUAUCCAAGGAAGAAAGAUCCUUCUAGACAAAUUCAUAUGAAAGAGAUAUUAUCUGUGAGUAGUAUAUUUAUUGGUUAUAUGCGUAUGAGAGAGGGAGAAGGGAGAUCUGUCUAUUUUGUUAUAUUAUUUUGUUCAAUAGAAGAUAUAGUCAAUUUUGGUUAUUGGUCUUCUUCUCUAACGUUAAUUGGUCUGGUUGUGUGAAAGCAAUCUAUAUAAACGUAAGUAUCAUGGAUUUGGUGUCAUUUUCCUUCCGUAGUAGUUUGUGUCUUCUGGUCAAUGUUAAUUCUUUUGGAACGACCGACUGUUGGUGCUUUCCAUGAAAAACAUAUAGAAUAGUGUUGGGGUGUUUGCACUUUGGUCUUUUUUCUCACUGGUAGCGAUUGCGCCACGUAUCAUUCUACUGAAAAGCUUGAACUAGCAGUGGAAAAGUAGUAGGAUGGGUACCUUAUUUUUCUCCAUUAUUGUCGGCUGGAAAACUGGAUUUAGAGAGUUUGCUUUAUUUUAUUGGAAUGGAACCCUUUUUU